AUGAACAUGCAGGCUUGCUCCAGGUGUGGCUAUGGGGUUUAUCCUGCUGAGAAGAUCAGCUGUAUAGAUCAGAUAUGGCAUAAAGCAUGUUUUCACUGUGAAGUCUGCAAGAUGAUGCUGUCAGUUAAUAACUUCGUCAGUCACCAGAAAAAGCCAUACUGUCACGCUCACAACCCCAAAAACAACACUUUCACUAGUGUCUAUCACACUCCAGUAAGUCUCAAUGUGAAGAAGUCUGUGGGAGCCAUGGGUGGGAUCACUGACCGAGAAGAUGGUGAGCAGUUUAAAUCGGGUUUUCACUGGGACAUGAAGUCCAAGGACGAAGCAGAUGCAUCUAGCAGGCAAACGCUGAUGAAUGAGAGAGCCUACUGGCCAGGAUAUGGGGAAGGGAAUGCUUGGUGUCCAGGAGCUCUUCCAGACCCUGACAUUGUAAGGAUGGUUGAGACUCGACAGCCUCUUGGUGAGGAAUAUAAGGAAGACUAUGAGCAACAAGAGGGCAAGGGAAGCUUCCCAGCCAUGAUCACACCUGCCUAUCAAAGGGCCAAGAUGGCCAACCAGCUUGCCAGCCAGGUGCAAUAUAAGAGAGGACAUGACGAGCGCAUCUCCAGGUUCACCCCGGUGGCGGAUACCCCUGAGCUGCUACGGGCUAAGGCGGGGGGACAGCUCCAAAGUGAUGUGAGAUACACAGAGCACUAUGAGCACCAGAGAGGGAAAGGCAGUUUCCCCGCUAUGAUCACACCAGCUUAUCAGAUAGCUAAAAGAGCCAAUGAGCUGGCAAGUGAUGUGAGAUACCACCAACAAUAUCAGCAAGAAAUGAAGGGGAUGGCGGGUCCAGUCGUUGGAGCUGACGGCACGCUGACAGACCAGUAUGGCCAGGGUUACUUGGAGCAGUGUGACCAGCGCAGGGGAAAGGGCAGCUUUCCAGCCAUGAUCACCCCGGCUUAUCAGAAUGCCAAGAAGGCCAAUGAACUCGUUAGUGAUGUAAAAUACAGACAGGACUUCCAUAAAAUGAAAGGUGCUGCUCAUUACCACUCCCUCCCAGCCCAGGACAACUUGGUUCUAAAACGGGCUCAGAGUGUGAACAAGCUUGCCAGUGAGGUGGAGUAUAAGAAGGAUCUAGAAAAUAGUAAAGGUCACAGCAUCAACUACUGUGAGACACCACAGUUCAGGAAUGUGAGCAAGAUCUCAAAAUUCACCAGUGAUAACAAAUACAAAGAAAACUACCAAAACCAGAUGCGAGGACACUAUGAAGGAGUUGGUAUGGACAGACGCACACUCCAUGCGCUCAAAGUUGGCAACCUGGCUAGCAACGUUGCCUACAAGGCUGACUACAAGCAUGACAUCGUGGACUACAAUUACCCAGCCACUCUCACUCCAGCCUAUCAAACAACAAUGAAGCUGGUCCCCUUGAAAGACGUCAACUACAGGCAGAGCAUCGACAAGCUGAAGUACAGCUCUGUGACCGACACGCCGCAGAUUGUUCAAGCCAAAAUCAAUGCCCAGCAGCUGAGCCACGUGAAUUACCGUGCUGACUAUGAGAAAAAUAAGUUGAAUUACACAUUGCCACAGGAUGUGCCUCAGCUGGUGAAGGCCAAGACUAAUGCUGAACUCUUUAGUGAGGUUAAGUACAAAGAAGGCUGGGAGAAGACAAAGGGGACAGGAUUUGAGAUGAAGCUGGAUGCCAUGUCUCUCUUGGCCGCCAAAGCCUCCGGGGAGCUUGCUAGCAAUAUUAAAUACAAAGAAGAAUAUGAGAGAACAAAAGGCCAAGCCCUGGGAACAACCGACUCGAAGCUUCUGCACUCCCUGCAGGUGGCCAAGAUGAGCAGUGAGGUCGAAUACAAGAAAGGCUUUGAAGAGAGUAAGAGCCACUUUCACCUGCCCAUGGACAUGGUGAACUUCAGGCACGCUAAGAAGGCCCAGGCUCUUGCCAGUGACUUGGACUACAGGAAGAAACUGCACCAGUACACUGUGCUCCCUGGGGACAUGAAGACUCAGUGGGCCAAGAAAGCCUACGGGCUUCAGAGCGAGCUGCAGUACAAGGCCGACCUGGCAUGGAUGAGGGGAGUCGGGUGGCUGACCCAGGGGAGUCUCAACCUGGAGCAGGCCAAGAAGGCUGGACAGCUGGUCAGCGAGAAAAACUACCGGCAGAGGGUCGAUGAGCUGAAGUUCACUAGUGUGGCCGACAGCUCCCAGAUGGAACAUGCCAAGAAAAGCCAGGAACUGCAGAGUGGGGUGGCUUACAAGGCAGGAAAUGAACAAUUUGUCCAUCAGUACACCAUCAGCAAAGAGGAGCCUCUCUUCUUACAGGCCCGGGCCAAUGCUGCUCAGCUCAGUGAGAAACUGUACAAGAGCAGCUGGGAAAACCAGAAGGCAAAAGGGUUUGAGCUACGCCUCGACUCCCUAACCUUCCUCACAGCUAAAGCAAAGAGGGACCUGGCCAGCGAGGUGAAGUACAAGGAGGAUUACGAAAGGUCCAGAGGGAAACUCAUCGGAGCACAGAGCGCACAAGGGGAUUCAAAGCUGAGCCACUCUCUGCAGAUGUCCAAGCUGCAGAGCGAACUGGAGUACAAGAAGGGCUUCGAGGAUGCAAAAUCCCAGUGCCACGUCUCCCUGGACAUGAUCCACCUCGCGCACGCUCGCCAGGCUCAGAGCUUGGCCACGGACAUAGGCUACAGGACGGCGUCGCGCCACUUUACAGCUUUGCCCACGGACAUGAAGGUGGAGUGGGCCAAGAAGGCCUACGGCCUGCAGAGUGAUAACCAAUACAGGGCAGAUGUGAAGUGGAUGAAAGGCGCGGGCUGGGUCGCCACCGGGUCAUUAAAUGUGGAGCAGGCGAAGAAGGCAGGAGAACUCAUUAGUGAGAAGAAAUACCGUCAGCAUCCAGAUGCUUUGAAGUUUACCAGUAUUAAAGACACUCCGGAGAUGGUCCAGGCCAGAAUUAGUUAUACCCAAGCCGUGGAUAGGCUGUACAAGGAACAAGGAGAAACCAUAAAGCAUCACUACACGCAGACCGCUGACCUACCUGAAGUCUUGUUGGCCAAGCUGAAUGCCAUGAACAUGAGUGAGACCCGUUAUAAGGAGUCGUGGAGCCGACUUCGAGACGGUGGCUACAAGCUGAGGUUGGAUGCCAUUCCAUUCCAGGCAGCGAAGGCUUCCGGUGAAAUCAUCAGUGAUUACAAAUACAAAGAGGCAUUUGAGAGAAUGAAAGGACAGAUGCUUGGCUCCCGGAGCUUGCAAGAUGACCUCAGCCUUGCACAUUCAGUACAUGCGACCUCACUGCAGAGUGAUGUGAAUUACAAGAAAGCCUUUGAACACUCAAAAGCACACGUCCAUCUGCCACUGGACAUGGUAACACUGGUGCAUGCCAAGAAGGCUCAGACCCUGGCCAGCGACCAGGACUACAGACAUCCGCUUCCCCAGCACACAUCCUUGGCAGAAGACCUGAGGCUAGGCUGUGCCAAGAAAGCUCACAGGUUGCAGAGCGAGAAUUUGUACCGUUCGGACCUGAACUUCAUGCGAGGUGUUCCCUGCGUUAUUCCUGGCACGUUAGAGAUUGAAGGGAGAAAGAAGGCAUCUGAGCUCAUCAGUGAGAGUAAAUACCGGCAGCAUCCCAGGUCACUCAAGUACACAACUGUGACAGAUACUCCCAACCUCCUUCAUGCGAAGUUCACCAGCCAGAUUACGAAUGAGCGCCUCUAUAAAGCAGCCGGCGAGGAUGCAAGACACCAAUACACAGCGACCCUCGGUGUGCCCGAGUUCAUCCGAGCGAAAACCAAUGCAGCCAAUCUGAGUGACGCAAAAUACAAGGAGUCUUGGCAUAAUCUUCGUGCUCAAGGCUACAAGCUGACAAUAGAUGCUCUCCCCUUCCAGGCUGCUCGGGCCUCUGGGGACAUAGCCAGCGAUUUUCUGUACAGGCACGACUUUGUGAGGGAGCGCGGGAGGCUCAUUGGGGUGCGGAGCGUCAGCGAGGACCCGCGGCUGCAGCACUGCCGGCGGAUGGGCCAGCUGCAAAGCCAGUGUCGCUACAAGAGGGAGGCAGCCAGCAGCCAGGCCCAGUGUCACCUACCCUUGGACAUGGUGCACCUGGUCCACGCCAGGAAGGCCCAGGCCCUGGCCAGUGACCACGACUACAGGACGCAAUACCAUGAGUUCACGGCACUGCCUGAAGACCUGAAGAUGGCCUGGGCCAAGAAAGCCCACGCCCUGCAGAGUGAGUUUCGUUACAAGUCAGACCUGACGGGUAUGAAGGGCACAGGGUGGCAGGCGCUGAGAUCCCCCCAGAUCGAGAGUGCGAAGAAGGCCGCAGAACUCAUCAGUGAGACCAAAUACCGCAAAAAACCAGGCAGUAUGAAGUUCACCACUGUUGUUGAUUCCCCAGACCUGGUUCAUGCCAGGAACAGCUCCAUACACUGUAAUGAGCGUCUGUACAAGUUGGGGGACGCGGAAUCCCGGCACAGGUACACUGUGAUCCCCGACCACCCUGAAUUUGCCCGAGCUCGCCUGAACGCACUGCACCUGAGUGAUAAAGUCUACAAAAACUCUUGGGAGCAGAACCGGGCUGGAGGCUACGACUUCAGGCUGGAUGCCAUCCCGUUCCAGACUGCCCGUGUAUCCAGAGAUAUAGCCAGUGAUUUCCGGUACAAAGAAGCCUUCCUGCGGGACCGAGGCCUGCAGAUCGGGUUCCGCAGCAUCCACGAUGACCCAAGGAUGGAGCAUUUCCUCCAAGUGGGCAGGAUCCAGAGUGACAACGAAUAUAAGAAGGACUUUGCCAAGAGUCGUUCCCAGUUCCACAGUUGCGCAGACCAGCCCGGCUUCCUCCAGGCCAAGAGGAGCCAGCAGCUGGCCAGUGACGUGCGCUACAGGCAGCCCCUACCCCAGCCCACGUGCGACCCGGAGCAGCUGGGCCUGAAGCAUGCGCAGAAGGCCCACCGGCUACAGAGUGAUGUCAAGUACAAAUCUGACUUAAACCUGACCCGAGGUGUUGGCUGGACCCCUCCAGGCUCCUACAAAGUGGAAAUGGCUCGGCGGGCUGCAGAACUGGCUAACGCGAGGGGCCUGGGUCUCCGGGGGGCUUAUGUGAGCCGAGAGGCAGUGAAACCAGGAGAUCAUCCAAGUGGGGAGGUGAACCCCGAUGCCACGGAAAUUCUACAUGUCAACAGGAAGAGGGCUCUGCUAAUGUGA